AUGAAAAUUAUUCAAGGCGUGGCUUCGGAUAACUCCUCGUCGGUUCGCGUUUUUCGAGGUGUCCCUUACGCCGAGCCUCCUCUUGGGGAGCUCCGUUUCCGACCUCCAGUAACCAAGAGACCUGUAUCCGGUAUCAUCGAUGCGACAAAAUACAAGGAUAUUUGUCCUAUCUGGAACCAGGGAGGCCCGAGUAUUUAUAGCGAGUAUAUUACUGGCGAUCAGCCUUAUCCGUACCUGGAUCAAGGAGAAGAUUGCCUUCAUCUCAAUAUAUGGACCCCUAUCAAUGCGACAUACCACAGUAACUUAACAGUCAUGAUUUGGGUUCAUGGUGGCGGGAAUACCGGUGGUAACGCCGCCCAGCCCUUCAAGGAAGGAACUUUCAUUGCUCAGAAUCAAAACGUUAUUGUAGUCUCUCUAGACUACCGACUGAACAUUUUCGGUUAUCCUGGCUAUGUACCCGCGUUUGGGGGCAGAAAUCUGAAUCCUGGCCUGCUCGACAUCCGAAAAGCUGUCGAAUGGACCUAUACUUAUAUUAAGUAUUUUGGCGGGGAUCCAGAGAGCAUGGUUCUAUUUGGGCAAUCUGCGGGUGGAGCGAACGUUGAUUACUACACCUACGCGUGGUCAACUGAUCCCCUUGUAAAAGGAUUCAUUUCAGAAAGCGGCGUUGCAAGUUCAUUCGGGAAUUUUGAUCUGCCUGGCAACAACUGGACCUAUGUGGCCGACCACUUCAAUUGCACCGGCAAUCAAGAUCAGCAGCUUAGCUGUCUCCAAGAAGUCCCGUGGAGAGACUUGAUUGACCUCUCCUACUCCUAUAACUCGACAUUAAAUGGCGGCAAAACACUGAGCUUUGGACCUCAGCCUGAUAAUCAAACGAUUUUUAGCAAUUACAAAGAUCUCAGGCGACGUGGACAGUAUGCGAAGGGUGGCUAUCUGACUGGUAACAACGCGAAUGAGGGCGAGAGUCUUAUCACGCCAUUCUCCGAGACAAGCGGACCAAACCAGACCUUAGUUUACAUUCAGUCCGAUCUACUUUUCAAUUGUGCAAGCAAUUCAUCAGCAACUGAGCGCUCGGAGAAUGAAACUCCACAAUGGAGAUACUAUUACCGUGGGGUGUGGCCAAACCAAAAUCCCUUCCCUUGGCUUGGGUCCUAUCACUCAAGUGAGAUCCCUCAGAUUUGGGGUACAGCGGAAACAUGGGGAGGUAACAAGCUUGGUGGUCCCAACACCCCUGAAGAGGCAGCUUUUAGCCGCUACAUCCAGAGAGCAUGGGCAAUCUUUGCGAAAGACCCCAUGAAUGGUCUCUCCACUUUAGGCUGGCCCAAAUACAACGUGAACGAGGAAACGUUGAUUCAGCUAGCGUAUAAUGGCUCAACGAUUCCACAGUUCGUAAGCCCUAUGGUGGCUGAUCAGAACUGCACUUUGCCAGGACACUCGGCUUAA